AUGCUCCAGGCUCAUGAUCAGGUAUAUGAUGGUGUUCCCCUCAAAUGUGAGAACCAUCUAGACCGCAUGGUCAUCAUGCAGUCACCUGAGAAAUUCGAAAAGAAAUGUCCUGAUAGAGGAUAUUCAGAUCCAUGGUAUAUUAACAUUCAAUCCAAAUAUAUUGCUCCUAUGGCUGACUCAAAUGGGGAUAAUAGCUCGACCUUACUCCCAUAUCAGAUUCACAUAUGUAUUCGACAGUGUCACCGCGUUCAGGAUCACAAGAGGAUGAAAUACACUAUGACCAUACAUAAGACCUGCCCCAAAAAUCACAAUUACUUCUGGCAAUGCUUCCGAGGAGAGCCCAAGGUCUGCCCGACCUGUUUCAAGGAGACAAUCAAAGCUGAACAGAAAAGAAAUAAAGAUGCCAAGCUAGAGAAGAAGCGACGGAAGACCCAGCUAGAAUAUGCAAAGUAA